UUGUUGAGCCAAUAAGUAGUCUACAGAAGUAAGCAGGACGUAACAGAGCUCAGGAUCAGUACUCCCACAAAUGUUUAAUAAAAUAAGUAAUUCGUGAUUUCCGUUCAGUAUCAAACGGCUCUUCGAAAAUGACUUCUCAGACUGUCAGACCUCAUCACGCCGAAAUUUCGCCUACAGAAAAGAACUGCCAUGGUAGGGGAGAAAUAGAAAAAACUGGCACUUAUUUUGAGGAAAACAAGAAAGAAUGCCUUAAGUUGGUAGCUAAACCUCAUUUCGGCGCGUCUGUUCCUUUUGAUCCUGCAGCCGAAGUGUCAGACAUUAGAUCACAGCACUGCUCAGAGAAACGUGGUAACAGCAUGGAAAACAUCGAAGCCCUGAGAUCUCGUUUUGUAGCUCCAGAUGGAGGAUAUGGUUGGUUUGUUGCAUUCGGUGCAUUCUUGGCACAGUUUUGGAUCGCUGGGCUGAUCAAAUCAUAUGGAGUAAUUUUUAUGGAAAUCAUGCAGCUUUACCCUGGUGCGAGCGCCUCCCUUGCAUCUUGGAUUCCUGCUAUUCUUUCAACGCUUUGCCUUGUAUUGUCUCCCAUCUGCAGUGCACUUUGCCGAAAAUUUUCGUGCCGAUCGGUUGUUUUUACAGGCGGCCUUCUUUGUUGGAUGGGUGUUAGUUUGAGCUAUUUUACAACUAGUCUCCAACAGUUAUGUUUUACUUUUGGGAUUUUAACAGGACUCGGAGCUGGAUUGGCCACAACUCCAGGUAUAAUUAUGACUUCUCGCUAUUUCAACAAGAGACGAGCCUUAGCGAAUGGUCUGUGCGUUUCUGGUACAGCUGUUGGAAGCAUGUUGCUCCCUCUUUUACUAGAAGUCCUGGUACCAGCAUACGGAUUUAGAGGAUCAAUCCUCAUUCUCGGAGCCUGCAUGCUUCAUAUUUGUUUGAGCGCUGCUCUGUAUCGUCCUGUAGAGAUUCACCAAGCCAUAAUGGAAAGUGGAAUGGACAUAUCUACCAACCUUGACGGUGCACAUGUUGGCAGGAUCGAUUGUGACGUUCAUGUUCCUGAUGGACAGCCUGUAACCAUCAAUGAAGAUGAUAUUUCAUUGGUCCACAACAAUCGUGAUAAAGUCUCGUCAAAAAAUUUCCCCCAUAGAUUAAGCGUUAUUCACAGCAUCGAGGAUCUAAGCACCAAUUCUACUGUUAUUUAUACAGAAAAUAUUCCCUAUCCGAAACCUACAAGCCUUGACCAGUGUCUCACGGAGAAAUUUGUUCAAACGGAACCACCAAGUAGCCCGGUUAAGAAAAUUAGGCGAUUUAAGCCAUGUUCGAUCACGAACUACAUCGAUAUGUCUCUAAUUAAAAAUCCUAUGUUCUUGCUUAUGGCCUCAACUGUGAUGUUGAUGGCGGUAGGUUGCCCCCAUGCUUUAUUCUACCUACCUUCGUACGCCAAUUCUCUUGGCAUAGAAAAAAGCCAGUGCAGUUUACUCUUGUCUAUCAGUGCCAUCUUCGAUCUCAGUGGUAGAUUAGGUCUUGGCUAUAUUGCCGAUCUAAACCUUUUCUCCAAAUCGAAAGCUUACAGCGUAAGUAUGCUGACUGGCGCCAUCGCAGUUCUAUGUUUGCCGUUUGCUACAACAUUUGCAUCUUUCGCUGUCAUCGUGGCGUUUUAUGGAUUUGGCUUGGGUAGUUGGUUUCUACUAAUACCGGUCUUACUCAGCGAACAUCAUGGAACUGAAUGUAUUGGUUCUUCUUACGGACUGGUUCGCCUCUUUCAGGGAAUGAUAACGUUGGUUGUCCCUCCUUUGGUUGGGUAUUCUAAAGAUGCCACCGGUGACUAUGUAACAGGAUUCUAUUUUAUGGGGAUAUCGAUGAUGGCAGGUGCUAUACUUAUUAAUUUGAAGCCAGUUGUUUUGCCUUUAGGUAGACCCCAUCAAAAUUCUUCGCCAUAAUAAUGGCUGAGCUCUGUAAAGGAACAGAGAUAAAUAAAUGUAGUUUGUGUCUUAUUUAUUU